AUGCGCUUCAUUCAACUCCCAAAUGCGCUUCACAAGUCCCUGAUAGAUCUGAUUUCCCUCAACUCGUCCAAUCAAAAGUUGGCCACAGGUGGUAAAGAUGGCACUGUUUACAUUUGGAACGCACUCCAACUAACAGACCUCCUUACAUCUACUACAACAGGCCCAGACGGAGAUAAGAUCACCAAUGCUAGUGUUGACGAUGUUAAGGGUCCUGAUCCUAUAUCAACUAUAGCAGUACACAAAUGUCCAGUGACCCUGGUUCGAUGGUCACCUACCAAUGAAAGCACCUUAAUUACUGGUGAUGAAAACAAUCAAUUAUACAUCCAUAUAGAUCAGUUGAGUCUGAGAAUAUACCCUUAUCCUCAAUGUAAGUCAGAGAUUGACUUUGAUUCUGACUCCGAUUUGGUUGAAGUUGACUCGGUCAUAGAUAUCUCUUGGUCUCACGAUGGUAGACUUGUUGCCUGGAGCACAAGUUAUGGAGAGAUCCAUUUAUAUGAUAUCAAGAAACAUACCCAUCAGACUUUAACAUCCUUAAUCAACGGAGGUAAACAUCCGUUUGUCAUCCAACGAAGUUUAGCCUUUGAUCCAACUAAUAAUUAUCUUAUGUCGAUUGGUGAUGAUACUUUGAUCUACCUAUUCCAAUAUGCCUUUGUCAAUGAUUUCUAUCAAUUUAGACUCAUUUCCAAGAUCUCCAAAAUUAUCAACAAACAGGCUUUUAACUCCAAAUAUAAAAGAAUAUCUUGGUCUCCAGACGGUGAAUUUGCAAGUAUUCCUUCUGCCAAUAGGAACUCGACUUCCCUAAUUUCUCUUGUUUCCAGGUCUCUUCAAUGGCAACAUAAAGUGAGUCUAGUGGGUCAUGAUUAUAGCUGUGAAGUCAUAAGCUUUAAUCCUAAAAUUUAUCAGAACACUUCUGACCCAGAACGAAUUUAUUCCAUAUUGGCUUCUGCUGGGUCUGAUAAAGUAUUGGCUAUCUGGAACACUACAAAGGAUACCCCAUUACUUGUUAUGAAUGACAUAUCAUCAGCACCUGUAGUUGAUAUGUGCUGGAAUAGUGAAGGGAACUGUCUUUAUCUUGCAUCUCAGGAUGGCCAUUUAUCAAUAUGUCGAUUUGAAGACUCUGAUUUAGGAAUUGAAAUUAGUAAGGAAAAGCUUGACCAUUUGAUGAAGUUUGAAAAGGAAUAUUUGAAACCAUUGAAUCAUAAAUAUGAAGUGCAAACUUCUAAAAAGAAUGCUCCUCCAAUUGAAUAUUUAAAUCAAAAAGAUGCAGUCGAUAUUACUAUUGCAAGUACAAUUGAAAAGAAUGAAAAGAAUGGGAAGAUCUCUAAUUCAAGUGUGGAAGAGUCAAAUAAACUUUCGAACAGCAAUCACAAUUCUUCAGAUCUUAAAUCCGGAGAAUCAACUAGUUUAAUUCCAGAAAUCCCACCUGCUCCAGAAAUGGAUGCCCCAGAGAUGGCCGGUGAUGCUUUACUCAAUGCAAUGGAAUCUCGACUGUCUAAAGGGGGUAAUACAGCUACCCAAAUGGACUCUUUACCCUCAUCAUCUUCUUUUAGUACGAAGAAUGGAGCCACUUCCACACCUCCAGUUAUUAACAAACCUACGUUAAAUAAAGUGGUGAUGAAAAAUGGCAAGAAACGUAUUCAACCUACACUUAUUACUAAAACAAAAACUCAAACUGAUGUUAUUGCUAAUGCAGCCAAUGGGAACAGCCAAUUUCUGGCUCAUAUGACUACAAAGACACCAAUGGAAUUUGAUAAGCCAUCGUAUUCCGUUACUGAAAGCUUACACCGAGAAUUCAAACGAAGUCAAACUAAUAACGACAGUAGUACUGGGACCAAUGGACCCUCAAGCAAAAAGUUGAAGAGAGAUCUUGAACCAGUUAAGUUUAUUGGAUCGGUGAUAACGAAUCCUAACGUUACAUUUUCUAAAGUAAGACUAUCGGUACCUAAAAUACGGAUGAGUUUCACCAUCUCAUCCAAAAUGGAAGAGGUAUUUGUAUUUGAUGUGAAGAAUGGUUCUGGAAAUGAGACUAGACCGUCAAGAGUCACCUAUUAUAAGAAAGACAAAAUGCUUUGGUGUGAUUUUAUUCCUCGUUUCAUUCAAUUGGCAACAGAAGGAUCUCAAGUAUGGUCAGUCUGUACAUCUGAUGGACAAAUAAUAGUAUAUUCCAAGCUAUCCGGAAAGAGAUUGCUACCACCAUUAGUACUUGGAGCUCCCUUAUCCUUUUUGGAAAGUUUUGAUAAAUAUUUAAUGGCUGUUACAUGCGUGGGUGAUCUUUUUGUAUGGGAUCUUGAGACAAAGACUGUUCAUAUUAAUACUCAAUUGACUCCUCUACUCAAUCUUGCGUCCAAAAAUCAGAAUGAUGCCAUUUCGAGAUCAGAAAACAUCACCAUGUGUUCAGUUACCAGAAGUGGUAUACCCAUAGCUACUCUUGCCAAUGGGUCUGGGUAUUUAUUCAACUCAGCAUUGGAAUCAUGGCAGACCAUAACCGAAUCAUGGUGGGCGUUUGGGUCUCAUUAUUGGGAUAGUAAUGAUGACAACACCAAGAAGCCAAUUGGUACUAGUGAAGAGCCUUCUAUUAUUGAUCUCUUGGAGCACAAGACAAAUGAAGAAAUCAUCAAGAGAAACCGUGCUGGUAGAGGCAAGUAUUUCAAUAAGAUCUCAAAGAACAUGAUCAUGAAGGAAGGGUUUGAAAGCUUGGAAAACACCAUAUCGCUAAGUCAUUUGGAAAAUAGGAUUCUUUGUUGUCAGAUAUUGGGAGAAACCAAAGACUUCAAGAGGUUCUUUGUGACUUAUGUUCAAAGAUUAUGUGAGUUGGGACAUAAGGCUAAGUUAUUUGAUAUUUGUGAUCAACUAUUAAAGGAAAAGGAUGAACUGAGCCAAUUGAUAUGUGGAUUAGAUCGAAUUCUAUUGCUUAAGGAAGUGAUAUUAUCUUGUGCCUCAUAUCGUGACUCACAACGUGUGUUGGUACACUUUGCUAAGAAGAUAGGAGUACUUGUCAAUGACGUUGAUGGAAUACAAUUGUAA